UCUCCUGCUCUUCGCGGGUUCUCGUAGGUUCAUUCAUUAAUCAGUCUACCAAACUUAGUAGUGUAUUUUUACUACUCGUAUAAAACACUUACAAAUUGAUUGAAUCGAAAUAUAGUAGAAAAAAAUGGAGGAAGAUAGAAUUCUAGAGAGAGAAAGGUACCAAAUGGAGCAGAUUCGCCAGCUGGAAUCUGAGGAAUUGCAAGUUGAAGAAGUGGAUGAAGAAGAAUCAUCAGACGAUGAAUUAACUUAUCGUACUUCGGCGGGAGCAUCCGCAUCUGGUGAAUUUACUUAUGACACCUCUUUGGCUGCCUUACAUUCUUACCUUGGUGAUGUCGAGGAUACUCAUAACAGGCUGUCCUUCUUGGACGGCGGGGCUGUCUUAAAUGUUCCUCUAUUCUAUCUUGAAGGAGUUGUUUUAUUUCCCGAGGCUACACUUCCUCUGCGAGUUGUUCAGCCUAAUUUCAUAGCUGCUGUUGAAAAGGCACUGAGGCAAGUUGAUGCUCCUUACACGAUCGGCGUGAUUCGAGUUCACAGGGAUCCAAUUAAUGGAAGGAUAAAAUUAGCAACCACCGGUACAACUGCUGAGGUAUGGAACUUGAAUCCUCCGCCUUUCUUGAUAGUUAUUUUUUCGAAUACCUAGUCGAGUUGAUUAUAU